AUGGUUUGGGCUGCAGAGCACGGACAAUUACAAACAGCCCGUAAUCUGAUCUGGGAAGGGUUUAAUGUGCAAUCCCAUACCAAUCUUGGUUUUAUUCCUCUUCAUCUUGCAGCCUUUCAUGGGCAAGCGGACAUAACCUCACUUUUGCUGGCACAUGGGGCUGAUCCCGAGAAAAAAGGCUUGUUUGGACGUACCCCGCUGCAUGAGGCAGCACGCAGUGGCCAUAAAGCAGUGGCCAAGCUCUUGAUCACGCAAGGGGUUGAUCUGGAACCUACAGAUUCAGAUGGUCGAGCCCCUUUGCAUGCCGCAGCAUGCGGUGGCCACGAAGCAGUAACCAAUAUUCUGCUUGAAAAGGGCGUUGAUCUACAAUCAAUGAAUUCUAAAGAUUUACUGGGUUGCACACCACUGCAUUAUGCAGCACAGGGAGGCUAUGAGGCAAUAAUCAUGCAAUUAAUAGCAAAAGGGGCUGACCUAGGAUCUAAAGAUUCAUAUGGCCGCACCCCACUGCAUCUUGCGCUACGCAACGGCCAUGAAACUGCGGCCCGGCUUUUGAUAGAAAGUGGCGGUGAUAUGCAAGUUUGGACUCGGGGGAUUUGA